AUGUCCAUUCAUACUGUAUUCUUCAGGCUUCAUGGAUGGGGUGAGAACCUGGCUGAGGCAUUUGAGCAAUGUGCAACUGCCAUGUUUGGCUAUAUGACCGAAAUCGACACAGUGGAGAUCUGUGAUAUUCAAGACAUAGAAGCAGAAGGACAUGACAUGCUCUCCCUCCUCUUUCACUUCCUUGAUGAAUGGCUUUUUGUCUUCAGUGCUGAGCCCUUCUUCAUUGCAAGAAAGGUGAAAAUUCUGCAGUUUGACAAAGAAAACUUCCGUAUCAAAGCAAGAGGGUUUGGGGAGACAUUUGACAUCUCAAAGCAUCCUCAGGGCAGCGAAGUGAAGGCCAUCACCUACUCAAACAUGCAAGUGUAUGACAAUGAAGGGCAGCAUGAGGUGUUUGUUAUCAUUGAUAUAUAAGUUUCUGUCUGUCCUGACAAACUCAGGGGAUGAAUUUAUUUGAUUGCUCUGUGAAGAAGACCUGUUUGAUGCUUUCAUGGUUGUUGGUGCCCAUGCCUGUUGUAAUAUAUGGAUCUAUGAAUUUUGCAGUUAUUUUUUUCCAGAUUACAUUUGAAGAUACUAGUUGGGGCAUAAUGGUUUCCAAAGGAUAUAGCAGGUGUAGCUGCCAC